UAAAAAAAAAGUAGAAAAAAACUACGCCACGGAAAUAAAUCUCCAAACAAGCGUCAAUAAUUUCGGGUAUCAGAAAAAGAUAAACACAUUUCGAAAACCAACAACAUAAAUCCUAAAUUAUCUACUAGCUGCAUUUAGCGUACGAAAAUCGCACUAGCAAAACGCAAAGAAAUUAGCGUUAGAUCCAGGCACAGUCUCGUACAAGGAAAACAUGGCACGCGGUCACCAGAAGAUCCAAUCGCAAGCAAAGGCUGCUGAUAAGCAGGCCAAGAUGAAGAAGCAGCAAGGCCACAGUGCAAACGACCAAAAGAAAGCUGCCAUGAAGGCGCUGGUCUAUGUGUGUGCCGUGUGCAAGUCUCAAAUGCCAGACCCCAAGACAUAUAAGCAGCACUUUGAGAACAAGCAUCCAAAGAACGAUAUGCCGGAGGAAUUGAAGGAUGUGUAAUCUGUGGCAAUCUAUUGACAACGCUACAACAACAAUGCAGAUUUAUAUCAACAACUAAGCGACGAGUUGCCUACCAGUACGAAUAUAAAAAAAACAAUAAACUUUAGAAAACAAUCAUCGUUUUGGGGGUGAAAUGAAA